ACCACACCAACACAGACGCACGCCACAGGAGAGACCGCGCGCACGCUCUCUGGCGACGGCACGGCGGAGCCACCACCUCCACCUGAGACUCUGGCGCCGGGACCCACCUGCCACCCGAGACUGCUACCCCGCCACCUCGUUGACAAUGGCGGUGGCGCGGCUGCGCUCGACGGCGGCGGCGGCCGCGGCCCGGCUCCAGCCGGCGCUCGCGUGCCGCGGCGACGAGCGGCGGCGCCUCGGGACGGCGGCCGCCGCGGAGGCCCCGGACGCGGUCGUCGGGGCGGGCGGCGCGCGGUGGGAGCCCAUGGGGGCCCGGGAGUACUACGACUACCGGCGGGCCAUCUACGGCGAAAUCACGCACAAGGCCAUCCUCGUCGACGCCGCCGGCACCCUCCUCGCCCCCACCGAGCCCAUGGCCCAGGUGUACAGAACAAUAGGCGAAAAGUAUGGGGUGAAGUACUCGGAGGAUGAGAUCUUGAUGAGGUACCGGCAGGCAUAUUCGCAGCCAUGGGGCAAAUCGCGGCUUAGGUAUGUUGAUGACGGGAGGCCCUUUUGGCAACAUAUAGUUAGUUCUUCUACAGGCUGCUCAGAUUUACAGUACUUCGAGGAACUUUAUCAUUACUAUACAACUGAGAAGGCCUGGCAGCUCAUUGAUCCCGAUGCUAAAUACGUUUUUGAAGCAUUAAGAAGGGCUGGUGUGAGAACAGCUGUUGUAUCCAACUUUGACACCCGCCUCCGGCCACUUUUACAGGCACUGAAUUGUGAUCACUGGUUUGAUGCGGUUGCUGUAUCUGCUGAGGUUGCAGCAGAAAAGCCAAACCCAACAAUAUUCCUGAAGGCCUGCGAGUUGUUGGAUGUGAAGCCUGAAGAGGCUGUGCAUAUUGGGGACGACCGUCGGAACGAUCUGUGGGGAGCUAGGGACGCAGGCUGCGAUGCCUGGCUUUGGGGCAGUGAUGUUCACUCCUUCAAGGAAGUCGCAGAAAGGAUCGGGGUUAGCGUGGGUAUGGGCAACAAUAUGUGAAGCGCUACGCUUGCUCGUAAGCGGGCUCUACCGUGCCUCUGGCGGCCGUCAUGGAUUGCUUCCGUUCCCUUCUUCCCGUCGAGUAUGCUCGCCGAGCCCCCCUGAGCUUCAAUAAAAAGGCUGGGAGGUGGCGCUUAGUCUGCCUCCUCUGUACAUAGUGCCGGCCCUUCUUUGCUCAGGUGUGUGUGUGGCUGUCCGGCCGCUGUACAUAUUUUCCAUGGAAGCGAGAACUGAUGGCAGUGUCUCUUUGUGACAGGCCUUAAUUCUAUAUUGUAGCAACAAUGUGUGUAAUUAAGCGAACUCGAUUUACCCUUUGGAUAGUUCCUGAUAUGUGCUCUGAAAUCUGUGUUUCACGAGUUAA